CACCUCCUCCUCAGUCCUCUUGAGCUGUGUGAUUCUCAGAGUGUCAUUGUCUGACGGUGAGUAUGGAAGGGAAGGAGGCAGAUCAGGAGGGCAGAAUGUUAUUCAAGGGUCUAAAAGGUGAUUUGCCCUUAAUGUGUGGGGAUCGGGCCUGUUGCAGCAUAUCCACAGAAUGGGGACAGGGACAAAUGACCUGGUGAUUCCUGUGUCAAGGCUUCAACUACCCAGACUGAUUUUGCUUUAUAGUAUAAAGACAAAACAUUGCAUACAGGUUCCUAUGAUGUAGCAGUUUUUAGAAUAGCCUAAAACAACCUGAACAACCAGAUGGUCAUUUAUAUUGCAAAUUUGAGAUUAACAGCACAAAAGGAGCCAUUAUUCGAAACAAAAUACAAAUAGACUAAAAAAUAAAGAUCAUUUGCAAAUUGUGUUUUAAGGUUACAUAGGUAAUCCGCAGUACCAAUCAACUGUAUUCUCACAGGAUUCAUUGUUUAAAACAGGAGCAAAUUAUACUAGAAUUUGCUUUUCGUGGACAGUAAUACGUGACUACCAACUAAAGCCAAGUUACAAUGAAAAAUUCAUAAAUGAUUGAUGAUUCUGUUCUGCACACUUUAUUGCUUUGUAUGUUGUGUUGUUUUGUAUUUUGUAUUGCUUUGUAAUGCGACUGGUAGAUUGGUCAAAUGGUGGGGGUGUAGUUUGUGGAAAGUAAAAAUGACAAAGAUUUAUUUGGAUUUGAGAUUGGUCACCAGGGCACAUACAAGAAUGUAUUCCAAAUGCUGAAGGGUGGCUUUGGGGACCACAGUUUUAUUCUAAACUUUUCAGUCCAAUCAGACUAUGUAACGUCUUACUGUAGCGGACCCGAAGCUUAUAUUCUUGACCAGUAGGAAACAUACAGCAUAUACACAUAAGUAUAAACUCUCCAUGCUUUGGAAUGUGAAUAUUAAACAGUCAUGCUUAACAAACAUCUGUAUAUCUCACAGCUGCCCCACUUUCAAUAUAAAAUAAGUGUCAGUGGAGGUUCUGUAGUCACAAAGUGUAAAGCCACUUUAAAUUAAAUAUGAUAAUAUAUCCCCUGAGCAGUACAAUCAGAUCACUAACUAAGCAGGCACAUGCAACAGUCUAUUGGGCACGAAUAUGCAGGUUUUACCAUUUAGAUUUAAUCAGAUUACAGUUAGAUGGCUCAAAUGUAACAUUUUGGCUCCACUUAUACAACUAUUUGAGAGUUCGUUAGAAAGCUGCCAUAUCAGCCAAACAAAUCUGAUCAUGCAUGACAAGAAUUUGAGGACAUUGUAUGAGCAAUUCUCUGGUUCACUAAUAUCAAUCUUAUCUCAUCUAUUAGUUUAAAUGUGUCAGUUAUGGAUAUGGUGCACAUUUGGCCUCCAUCUUCGAUAAUUCUGAAGCUGACAUAAUUGCAAGCCAUGUGUUUGCUUAUCCAGCCAAUGGGGAUGUCUGGAUAUGUCUCUGAACAGAACCUUAGAUGGAAGUGGAAUUAUGGCUCAAUGUAUAAUUACAGAAAUUGGAAAAACGGAGAGCCAAAUAAUAUCAAUAAUGAAUAUUGUGGAGAGCUGGCAGUAGAAACCAAAUUCAUCAGCUGGAAUGAUGCCCCAUGUUGCACACAAAACCACUUUAUGUGUAAAUUUAAAACAUAAGGACCUUUCCACCAAGACAACACUAGGAUGUGGAGCCUAAUGCUGAAUACAUUUUUUGUCAUACAGUAAUGAUGUCUGCUAAUUAUUAAGAAGAAAGUCAAGUGAGCUGUUCAGUAUUGUGGAAUAAGAUGAGGUGCAUGAUGAACCAAUUCUUAUGACGUUACAGCUGUCUGCUCUCCUCUAAUGUAGGAUAUCCCUAUCUUAAAGGGAUUCUGUCAUGAUUUUUAUGAUGUAUUUUUUAUUUCUAAAUUACACUGUUUAUAAUGUAAAUA